GGUUAGUUGGAGUGUUUGUUAUGGCGUCGUCGGAUCGAAAACUAAUUGUGGUCUCUGGAUUCGGGCCAUUCCUUGGCCACGAAGCCGUCAACGCCAGCUGGGAAGCUGUUAAACUUCUCCCGGAAGUCCUCACCCACAAUGACAUAGAAUACGAUCUCGAAAAGCGUUUGGUAUCGGUGGAAUAUGGGGCUGUGGAUGAGGCCGUGACGGAGAUAUGGGAUCGCCAACCAGAUCUGGUCAUUCAUGUUGGCGUUUCGGGGGUUGCCAAAUGUGUCUACAUUGAGAAGCUGGCCUAUAAUCACAAAUUCCGGAGAGCUGAUAAUUGUGAUAAAAGAUUACCCAACGGCAGUUGCGAGCUCCAGAACAAUGGACACGCAAAUGUCUUAAAGACCGAACUAGAUGUGGAUAAGAUUGUGGCGAUUGUCAACGAGAAAUGCGCUGAUUGUGUAGCACCCAUAGAGCCCCCUCAUAAUGAUAUUAAGCAUCUGAGCGCUACAAAGGCCUCCAAAAAUGUGGGCGACUUUCUAUGUGGAUAUAUAUAUCUCAAGUCCCUGGAUAUGGACAAAAAACGGAGUCUGUUCGUUCAUGUACCCCCCAUAGAUAAACCAUUUAGCAGUGAGAAAACCGCCGAUAUCGUUUUAAGAAUUGUCGAACAAUGCAUCCAACAGGUGGUCUCCUGAAUUCCAUGUUUACAAUUUGCAUUUAUUUGUAUUCUUCCUACGUCUGUCAUUUUAAGUUGUUUAAUUAAUAUCUUGUGUACAUAUACAUAUAUUUACGUUACCUUACAAAGAAACAGGAAAAUCAUGCAACUGCAAUAAUAAUAAACAAUUAAAUUUUUUUAUGAACCCCA